CUUCCCUCGUGUUCCUGUCUCUCAAACCUCGUAGGCCAUUGGAUAAAGCGAUGCCUGUCAAAUCCUCGUAUACGGCGAUUAGCGUUCACCUUGUAACGCCCUCCUCCCCUUAAUCCCAGUGUUUGCUCCGGUUAAAACCAAGUUGCCCGAACCCGAGUACCUCUCUUGGCUGGCAGAUUACCGACAGCUACAUUUUUGUUUUGCUGAGUUGUCGAUUCUUCAAAGCGACAUGGACGAUUUCGAUUUGUUAAAUUCUCCCCAGGCUACGGCUGGAAACGGCAUCGUUACAGACGAAGAUCCCGCAGCUGCUUUUCUUGCUCAGCAGGAAAGCGAGAUUGCGGGCAUUGAGAAUGACGAGGGCUUCAGCAUCCUGGACAGCGGCGAGAUGCCCUCCUCCCUGGUGAACAAUUUUACGGGAGAUCAGGAAAUCAUAAACGAUUCUAUUGAUGGAGAUCUGAAUGGACAGAUGUAUCAGGAGAGCAAUGGUCCUUCUGAUGCCUAUGCAGCAAUUUCGCAAGUUGAUCGGCUACAGGCAGAGCCAGAAAGUCUUCGGAAAUGGCGGGAGGAGCAACUUGAAAGAUUGGAAGUCCUUGAUGCCAAUUCACGUAUACAGGAGACAGAAUGGAAAGAAAAGGCAAAAGCAGAUCUAGAAGAAUGGUACAGCAGACAGGAUGAGCAGCUGGAAAAGACAAAAGUUAACAACAGGGUGCAAGAUGAAGCUUUCUACAAACAGCCCUUCGCUGACCUCAUUGGUUAUGUCACAAACAUAAACCAUCCUUGCUACCGCCUAGAACAGGCAGCAGAGGAAGCACUUGCAGUGGACGUUGAUGAAACUAACCCGGGCACCGAGUGGGAACGCGUUGCCCGACUUUGUGACUUCAACCCCAAGUCUAGCAAGCAGGCCAAAGAUGUGUCUCGCAUGCGUUCGGUCCUUAUUUCUCUCAAGCAGUCUCCUCUGGUCCACUGAGAAGAUAACGGAGGAGAAACCAACCCCAUGUCGCAAUACUUUAAAACUCAGAGAACCUUGUGGAUGCAGAAAAUUCCCUUAUAGUAAUGUUUAAAACAAAUAUAUAUAUAUCUCCUUUGUUAAUUUGGACCAAACCAUAUUGUGAAUUUCAUGUUUAGCUGACUGGUGUUUGUGAAAUUGUAAUUGAUAGUAUGAAAUUCUAUGCAUUUUCUUUAAUUUUUAAAACUUGAAAAAUAAAAAAGUAUAUCACUUGAAAUAAAAUGAAGAAUGACUGCCUACA